GGGAAAGUGAAUUAUCCAAACUUGAAAAAAUUCCUCCUACGAAAGUUUACGACAAAAUGAAACUCAGUUUUGAUGAUCUAGAUCGCAAAGAGAAACAAAUUUUUCUAGAUCUUGCAUGUUUCUUUCUCAAAUUGUCUACAAAGAUAAAUGUAGAUAAUCUAAAAUCUUUACUGAAAGAUGAUAAAAGUGAUAAUUCAGUGAUUUUUGGGCUAGAAAGGUUGAAAGACAAAGCUCUGAUAUCUUUCUCAGAGGAUAAUAUUGUGUCUAUGCAUGAUAGUUUACAAGAAAUGGGAUGUGAGAUUGUUCGUCAAGAGUCUAUUGAAGACCCUGGAAGCCGCAGCCGAUUAUGGGAUCCCAAUGACAUUUAUGAAGUACUGAAAAAUGACAAGGUUACUGAGGCCAUUAGAAGCAUACGAAUUCAGUUGACAACAAUUAGGGGACUAAAGUUAAGGCCUCACAUAUUUGCUAAGAUGAGCAUACUAAAAUUUCUGGAAAUUUCAAGCGAAUUAGAUGCAUAUGGUUUCGAAGUUCAACUUGGUGAAGGACCUCUAUUUUUGGCAACUGAAUUAAGAUUUCUUUCUUGGGAUUGUUACCCUCUAAAAUCCUUGCCACAAAACUUUUCUGCCGAAAAACUAGUAAUAUUGAAAUUACAACUGAGCAAAAUGGAAAAACUUUGGGAUGGAGUGAAGAACCUGGUGAGUUUAAAAGGUGUUUACCUCGAGCAUUCUUAUGAGUUAAAGGAGCUGCCAGAUUUAUCUAAAGCCAUAAAUCUUGAAGUAUUGGAUCUCUCUUUUUGUUAUAGGUUGACUACUGUGCAUCCAUCUAUUUUCUCUCUAGCCAAACUUGAGAAAUUGAAUCUUCGUUACUGUGGAUCCCUUACCAUACUUUCAAGUGAUUCCCAUAUGCAUAGCCUCAAUUAUCUCAUCCUUGAUUAUUGUAAGAAUCUUACUGAAUUCUCAAUUAUAUCAAAAAAUAUGGAAAAAUUGGACUUAUCAUGGACAAAGCAAAUGAAAGCACUUCCCUCGUCAUUUGGACAUCAAAGAAAGCUUAAAUCACUAAAUCUAACAGAAAGUGGCAUUCAGAGGUUACCUUCAUCCAUCAACAAUCUUACGCAACUGCUACAUCUAAACCUAAGCUGUUGCCGUGAGCUUGAAACAAUACCAGAGCUUGCCCCAUCACUUAAAACUCUAGAUUUUAGAGAUUGCAAGUCACUUCAAAGUAUUCCAGAGCUUCCCCAGACCCUUUUAUGUUUAGAUGCUGAAAACUGUGAAUCACUUCAAACUCUACCAAAGCUUCACCCAUACCUUAAAACUCUAAAACUCAGAAACUGCAAAUCACUUCACACCAUACCAAAUCUUCCCCCUUCCCUUGAAACUUUAGAUGCCCAAUCUUGCAGUUCACUUCAAACUCUACCAAUGCUUCCCCUAUCCUUGAAAAAUAUAAACGCUAGAGAUUGCAAAUCGUUGAAGACAAUGUUAUUGCUCCCUUCAACAUCUGUUGAACAAUUAAGGGCAAACAGGACACGAGUUCUGUUAUGGAAUUGCUUGAACUUGGAUCAACAUUCUCUAGUUGCUAUUCAGUUGAAUGCACAAAUCAGUGUGAUGAAUUUUGCAGAUCACAAUAAAGUUGUUUAUGUGUAUCCUGGAAGCUUUGUUCCAGAGUGGUUGGAGUAUAAGAGAACAAAUAAUUAUGUAAUUAUUGAUCUCUCUUCUACUCCAUCCUCUCCCAUGCUUAACUUCAUUUUUGGCUUCGUCCUUGGUAACUAUGAAGGAACAGCAAUUGAAAAUGAACUUACAGUUAAAAUCACUUUAAGUGACGGUGAUGGUGAAGGUGAAAGGGACAGUGUUGAAAUGAUCAUAGAUUAUUGUCGUUGGACAAUUGAGUCGAAUCAUGUGUGUGUGAUGUACGAUCGAAGAUGUUCUAACUUCCUAAAUAGUAGAGCCCAAAAUCAAACAAGCUUUAAAAUCCAAGCUCAAAUAGUGUUACACACAUAUCACACACUCUUCAGAAAAACUACUGUCAUGCGGCCGGAUAUGGUACUAGGAUUCGGGGUCAGUGCAAUAACCAGCUCGACAUAUAACAAUUUCAUUCAACAAAUGUCAAUGUCUCAGUUCCAUUAAGCACGUGGAAUUGGGUUGUGUGCUUCCUAUAAUCUCAGGUAUUUCCUUCCUCCAGUCU